AGCUAAGCUGAAAGAGACACGAACGAGCAGAGCAUCCAAUGACAGAACAAAACAAUAUGUAAUAGUUAUAGUUUCCUACGGAUAUCCUUGUCUCAAUGUCUUUUUCACCAUAACGCCUCUCUCUCGCUCUCCCUAUAUUUCCUAUAUAAAUAUUUAUGCAUAAUAAUGGACCUUGUCAUGAACUCAUUGUUUGGUUUGGUGGGUUUGUUUUUCGUACUCGAAGCCGAUCAUUAACAAAAUCAUAUUUUUCUUUCUUUAUUUUAAGGAAGCAGUAGUCGUUAUAACAUCAAGAAACCUGGAGUGGAAGAAAGGGAAAGUGAGCCCAAUAGUGAGCAGCUUAAGGGCAAGGUUGAAGUUGAAACCCAUGCCUUUGAAUGUUGUUCAUGAUGUUGAUGGUUUGCCCAGGAUUAUCUUGACUGAGCCUGCUGGUUCCUCAGCUGAGGUGCUUCUGUAUGGUGGGCAGGUCGUUUCCUGGAAGAACGAGCGCAGAGAAGAAUUACUUUUUAUGAGCAGCAAGGCUGUUUGGAAGUCACCUAAAGCCAUCAAGGGAGGUAUACCAGUCUGCUUUCCACAGUUUGGAAAUCUUGGUUCACUGGAACAACAUGGAUUUGCAAGGAAUAGAUUGUGGUCAUUGGAUAGUGAUCCUUCUCCUUUGCGUCCAGUGAACAAUCAGUCAUCAGUGGAUCUGAUCCUGAAGUCUACAGAAGAGGAUUUGAAGACCUGGCCACGUAGCUUCGAAUUGCGUCUCCGUAUCUCUCUUAGUCCCGGCAAGCUAACUUUGAUCCCACGUGUGAGAAAUACAGAUAACAAGGCCUUGUCUUUUACAUUUGCGCUUUGCAACUACUUGUCUGUAUCAGAUAUCAGUGAAGUGCGUGUUGAGGGCUUGGAGACACUCGAUUACUUUGAUAAUCUAAUGCGCAGAGAAAGGUUCACUGAGCAGGCAGAUGCAAUUACUUUUGAUGCUGAGAUUGAUAGGGUAUAUUUGAGCACCCCAACAAAGAUUGCUAUCAUAGACCAUGAGAAGAAGAGAACCUUUGUGCUGCGGAAGGAUGGCUUGCCUGAUGCAGUUGUGUGGAAUCCUUGGGACAAGAAGGCCAGGGCUCUCCAAGAUUUGGGGGACGAGGACUACAAAACCAUGUUAUGUGUGGAUUCUGCUGAUAUUGAAACCCCAAUUAUCUUGAAACCUUUUGAAGAGUGGAAGGGCUACCAAGAGCUAUCUACUGUAUCAUCAAGUUAUUGCAGUGGGCAGUUGGAUCCUAGGAAGGUUCUUUAUGGUCAGUGAUCUUGCCCCAUAAUAACUGGAGGUUUGCUUGUAAUCCCUGGUCUUAUUUUAACAUAUGCAUGCAUUUGCUGUCUAAUUUGUUGGGGUCUUUAGGACUCCUAGACUGAGAUUUAACCAGUUGCAUGUACUAGUUGACCAUCAAUAUUGAGGUGACACUAUCACAUUGUCAAGCAACAAGAUUUUUACUUUUGUGUUGCUUCUUUGUGAUGGUAUGAUCUGCCUUUCUGUUGUCAAGAUCGAGUUAAGUGAGUGAAUUUGAUGGUACUGUAGCUGUUGAAUAGAAUAUUAUAAUAAAUUCUGUUGAAAUCUUGGAAGUAGAAUCA